AUGUUCGGCACAACCAAGUCGGUGCUCGCCGCCGCAGGGCUCCUCCUCGGCAGCCACCUCCCAUCGGCGCUAGCAGACAACCCCAUCAUCCAAACCCUUUACACCACAGACCCCGCCCCCGUCGUAUACAACGACACCCUCUGGCUCUUCACCGGCCACGAUGAAACCGGCGCCAGCAACUACGACAUGCGCGACUGGCGCCUGUACUCCACCACCGACAUGGUCAACUGGCGCGACUGGGGCUCGCCCAUGAGCCUCAAGACCUUCAGCUGGGCCAAAGCCGACGCCUGGGCGGCCCAAGUCAUUGAACAAGACGGCAAGUUCUACUACUACGCCACCGUCACCAAAAACAGCGGCGGCUACGCCGUCGCCAUCGGCGUCAGCGACACCAUCGAAGGACCCUACACCGACGCCCUGGGCAAAGAACUCCUCUCCAACGGCGGCAUCGACCCAACCGUCUUCCGCGACGAAAACGACGGCAACAAAGUCUACAUGUACUGGGGCCACAACUCGCCCGCCUACCACAUCGUUCUCAACGACGACAUGAUCUCGUACGAAGGCUCCAUCGCCCAAGAAAACCUCCAAAACUUCGUCGAAGGCCCCUGGCUGCACAAACGCGGCGACAAAUGGUACCUGACCUACUCCUCCUUCGGCAACGGCAACGAAGACAUCAAAUACGCCACGUCCACCAGCCCGGCCGGGCCCUGGACUUUCGCGGGUCAAAUCAUGGCGUCGCAGGGUAACUCCUUCACCAACCACGCGGGCAUUAUCGACUACAAAAACGGCAGCUACUUCUUCUACCACAACGGCGCGCUGCCCGGAGGCGGCACCUACAGCCGGUCGGUGUGCGUAGAGGAAUUCGAGUACAACGCCGAUGGAUCGAUCCCGCUGCUGAAGAUGACCUCGGAGGGCGCGGCGCAGAUCGAGCCGCUGAACCCGUACCAGCGGGUGGAAGCGGAGACGAUUGCGUUUUCGUCUGGGUUGACGACGGCGGCGGCGGGGGAUGGCGGGAUUUAUGUGACGUCGAUUAGUCAGGGGGAUUAUAUUAAGGUGAAGGGGGUGGAUUUUGGAGCGGAUGGGGCCGCGUCGGUGGAUGUGUCGGUGGCCGCGGCGCAGGGGGCGAGUGGGACGAUUGAGUUGCGGGUUGGGAGCCAGGAUGGGACGGUUAUUGCGAGCUGUGAGGUGGCGAGUACGGGAGGGGCGACGACGUGGGAGACGGUGAAUUGUCCGGUGACGGGCGCGACGGAUCAACAGGAUUUGUUUUUUACGUUCCAGGGGGGGGACUAUAACUUUGACUGGUGGCAGUUUAACAAGGCGGAGUAG